AAGCGGAGCUUUAGAUAUCUGUAUCUCGUGAGUGCGGUAGGCCUUUAGUUGAGAAUAAUUCUUAACAAGUCGAUUUUUGUAAAAGAUAAAAUUCGCGAAUAGUUGAUUAUCGUGAAAAUUAAAAUGACGAAUUCUGUGAUUUUAUUGGUUACUAUAUUUCUGUUUGUGAAUUUAGUAAAUUGUAUCGACUUUCCUAAAGAUAUUCCCCAAUGCAAAAAUGACGAUCAAAGUUGCCUGCAGCAGGCCAUCGACGAAGUGGUUCACAACCAUUUUAGUGGUCACCGGGGUCUACAUCUGAUACCAAUUGAUCCACUGAAAAUUAGGUCCAUGUUAAUUGCACAAAACAGCGAAAGCCCAGUUAGCAUUACACUGAAAUUCACGGAGUUCCUUCUAAUCGGAUUCAAAAACAUGAAGGUUUACAGUAGCUCAGGCUUCAAAAAAGACAUUAUGAACUCCAACUUUGAAGUGGAUGUAAAAAUUCCAUCACUGGUUCUCACAGGACCUUAUGAAAUCAAGGGUAGAGUUCUGGUCCUACCAAUUACUGGCCACGGACAGAGUAACCUAACUCUUGAAAACGUUGAUGCAAAGAUCAAACUUCUCGGUCAUCCUGAAACAAAGGAUGGAGAGGAAUACUUCCAUUUAACUAAAGUGAAAUUGGAUUUCGAUAUAACCCGACUGCGUGUGAAUUUCGAGAAUCUAUUCAAUGGUGAUAAGGCAUUGGGCGAUAAUAUGAAUCUAUUCAUAAACGAAAACUGGAAGGAAAUUUUCGCAGAAAUUAAUCAGUCCAUUGCUGAAGCUAUUAGUGAAGUAUUACUAAUUGCGAUACAAGGACCCUUUUCUGCAAUACCUUAUAGGAAGCUAUUUUUACCCUGAAAUAAUUUAAAUUAAUUGAAUGUACAUAUGUUUUUGUGAGAUUCAUUUUUUAAAUAUAACGAUUUUUUCAAU